AUGCGUUGCGAGCUUGGGGAAGGGAGAGCGGAUAGGCGGCCGGCCACGAGUUCGCCGGGCGUGGCCCGGGCGGCCCUGGAGGCAUCCGUGACGAGACAGGGCAGUGUCGAGCUCGCCAUGGCGGUGUUGGGGGGGGCAGGGCCGAGCGGAGUGGCGUGGGGUCUAGGUGAUGCAGGGCGGGGCUGGGGCGGCCGGGGUGGCACGGCGCUGGGCAGGGGCGGGGCGACGCGGCCGGGGCAGGGCGGGGCUGCGCGGGCCUGGGCGAGGCUGCGCGCGACGGCCGGCGCGUGCGUGGCAGCGCGCGCGGUGCCGGGGGCUGGGGCGUGGCGGGCGGCCCGGGCGAGGCAGCGGGCGACCGGGACGGGCCCGGGCGAGGCGACGCGCGACCGGCGCUAG